UCUACUUCUCUCUUGUGUUCUCCUCUAUCUUUCCCAAAUCACUCUCCUCUAUCUUUGCCCAAAUCACUCUCAGUGUAGAGCUCAACAAACGUGCAGUGGCGAUGGUGAAUCGGAGAAUGGCGUGGUCGAUUUGAUGAGUCAGGUACACUUGAUAGAGAAGGAAGAUGCGGAGAGGUCCGAGAGGGAGAGGAAGGAGUUCGAGGAGAGGGAGAAGGCCUGGGUCGAGGCCAUGGAGAUGAAAAGGAAGAAGAUGGAAGAAGAAGAAGAAGAAUACGAGGAACAACGAAAGAAGGCACUAGACGAAGAGUCUUGGAAACAGCAGGUACUUUCUUCUUUUCUUUACUUUCUCAGAGUAUUUGGUUUGAACAGUUAUUUGGUUGCUGGAAAAGAAUGAAAAACUAACCAAAUUAUCACUUCUUUUUGAAAUUUUCUGGUUGGAAAUUGCUGGAUGCUCAACAUACAUGGGUGAACAAGAGUAUGAAUCUACGGGAAUGUAGGACUAAAUGUCUGAGCAAUUGUUCCUGUACAAAAUUGGGGACCCCAGUAGCUAUGUCACCCCUGAUGUGAUUAUUGAUCUUCAGAAUGUUUCAUUCUCUCCCUUGUCAAGUUGCAAGGUUCUUUGUGUUGGAGCAAAAUUCUCUGCUGGUUCGGUCCCUGAAAAACUCCUGCAAUUGAUUCCAAAGGACUGUGGUUGGAAAGGAUGGGGUGAGAUAUCUUAUGGAGGAUAUGAAUGUGUUAAACGUGCAAAGGCUGUAGAAUUCCUGGUCAGAUCAUGGUUGGAAGAAAUAUUGCCUGGCAUCAACAGUUCUGUAUUUUCUUAUAUAAUUGGGGUUGAUAGUCUGAAAACAACUAGCAUUGGUGAUGACGCUUCAUCUUCAGCCGCUAGUAAUGAUGUAAGGUUGCGUAUGGAUGGAUUAUUUGACCUGAAAGAACAUGCAAUCCAAUUUACUAGAGACGUUACAACAUUAUAUACCAAUGGACCAGCUGGUGGUGGUGGUAUCAGUGUUGGACACAAGAGAGAGGUCAUUCUUGAAAAACAAUUGCUCAAUCGUGAACAUGUUGCUUGGAAGACAUCCAUAAAGCGCACUGUAACAAAAUCAAAUCCUCCAAUAAUUAUCCAUGAAAACCUCAUCAAAACUCCAGUUUCUCAAGGAUCAGUAGAAGAUGUUUCAUUUUCUGAAAGUGACAUCUCACCUCGCACUGUAACUUGUGGGGUGAUUUUAAUUGGCUUUUACAUUUGCAAGUGGAGAGCAUUUUAUGGUAAGAGUCUCUACCCUUACUUCAUUCAUUUAUUAAUGUAAUAUUUUAGCUG